UCAAAUGGCUUAGUAGUUUCCUGAUGGCAAUAUACUAUUAAGCUUAGGAUAUGUAUAAUAAAUAAUACUAUAGAAAAGCAUAAGGUUGGUGGGAAUGUAUGUCAACUCUUGUAUUAUUUUAGUGAGAUUAAUGAUGUUUGCUGAAUAUGGGUUCUUAAAUCAUUGAUUCAACUACCCAAUAAAUUUCUAUAAACUUGAUGAUGGCAUUUAGAACCCAGAUUUUGAAAACUUAAAACUGAGCUUUGUUGGUCAGUUUUAAGAGUUACUAACAUGGAUGAACACCGUGUUAGCAGAUCAGCUAAUUACGUACCUGACACAGAAAAAGAUAGCAGGUCACUGAAGAGAGAUGAUCAACAAGAACUUGCGCAUACUGAUGGGAAAGAGGAGGAAGUUAUUGGAACUGUUCCAUUUUUCAAACUAUUUCGUUUUGCUGAUUUUAAAGAUAAAGUGUUGAUGGCCGUGGGAACAAUUGGAGCUUGCGCAAAUGGAGCGACAACGCCUAUCAUGACUAUUCUUCUUGGUAAAAUGAUAAACUCUUUCGGAAAUACUGAAGGUACUGAUCAAGUGGUAAAACAGGUUUCUAAGGUAGCACUGCAAUUCACCUAUUUGGCUGUGUUAGGCCUAGUGGCUUCAUCCCUCCAGGUGGGUUGUUGGAUGGUCACUGGGGAGAGACAAGCGGCACGCAUACGAAGUAUUUACUUGAAAACCAUACUGAGGCAAGAUAUUGCUUUCUUUGAUAAUGAAACAACCACAGGAGAAGUCAUAGGAAGGAUGUCAGGUGAUACUGUUCUCAUUCAAGAAGCUAUGGGCGAGAAGGUUGGCAAAUUUGUCGAGCAGUUGGCGACGUUUGUUGGAGGUUUUAUAGUUGCAUUCGUCAAAGGCUGGCUUCUAACGCUUGUCAUGUUAACCACAAUCCCCCCUCUUGUAAUCACCGGUGCAGCCAUGUCCAUUGUAAUUGCCAAAAUGGCAUCUCGUGGACAAACAGCUUAUUCCCAAGCAGGAAUUGUUGUUGAACAAACGCUCGGUGCAAUACGAACAGUCGCAGCAUUUACCGGGGAGAAGCUAGCAAUAGCCAAAUACAAUAAGUCGCUAGAAAUUGCUUACAAGGCUGGUGUUCAACAGGGCUUAUUUUCUGGUUUAGGUUUUGGUUCAAUUACUUUCAUUUCAUUUUGUUCCUAUGCGCUAGCCAUAUGGUACGGUUCGAAACUGAUAAUAGACAAAGGAUAUACCGGAGGAGAUAUCAUUAAUGUUAUCGUUGCUGUGUUAACUGGCUCCAUGGCACUGGGGCAGGCAGCUCCAUUUUUGGGUGCAUUUGCUGCGGGAAAAGCAGCAGCCUACAAGAUGUUUGAGGCAAUUAAUAGAAAGCCGGAGAUUGAUGCGUAUGAUACUUCCAAGGGGAGAACAUUAGAUGACAUUGACGGGGAUAUCGAGUUAAAAGAUGUUUGCUUUACUUAUCCUGCAAGACCAGAUGAACAAAUAUUUAACGGAUUUUGUCUACGCAUACCAAGUGGCACCACCACUGCUAUAGUUGGACAAAGUGGAAGUGGAAAGUCGACUGUCAUUAGUUUAAUAGAAAGAUUUUAUGAUCCACAAGCUGGUGAAAUUCUAAUCGAUGGUAUAAAUAUCAAAGAGUUACAGUUGAGAUGGCUCCGGGAGAAAAUUGGACUUGUCAGCCAAGAACCUGUUCUAUUCACUUCUAGUAUAAAGGAUAAUAUUGCCUAUGGAAAGGAUGGGGCAACUCUUGAAGAAAUCAAAGACGCAUCUGGGCUAGCUAACGCUGCCAAGUUUAUCGAUAAACUACCAGAGGGUCUAGACACUAUGGUCGGCGAGAAUGGAACCCAACUGUCUGGUGGGCAAAAACAGAGAAUUGCCAUAGCUAGAGCAAUUUUAAAAAAUCCACGAAUUCUACUUCUGGAUGAAGCUACAAGUGCACUUGAUGCAGAGUCUGAAAGGAUUGUGCAAGAGGCACUUGAUAGGGUGAUGAUCAAUCGAACAACGGUCAUAGUUGCCCAUCGGUUGAGCACCAUAAGGAAUGCUGAUAUGAUUGCUGUCAUUCAGACAGGAAAGAUCAUCGAAAAAGGUUCACACACUGAGCUUCUGGAAGACCCAGAAGGAGCAUACUCUCAGCUCAUACGAUUGCAAGAAGCAAAUGGAGAAUCAGCGAAUGGUAAUGAGAAGUCAGAACUUGGGGGUCAGCUUAGCAGGAAUCCUAGUAGACAGUCUGAAUAUUCGCAUCAACUUAGCAGGAACGCUAGCAGACAAUCAGAAUUGUCGCGUCAGCUUAGCAGGAAUCCUAGUAGACGCAUGUCACUUGGAAAAUUGUUAAGUCGUGCAUCAUCUACGCGUGGAAAUAGUGGUCACCACUCUUUCUCCAUUGAAUUUGGAUUUCCUUCGAGAAGAAAUUUUGGCGAUGUUGCCUCGGAAUACAAUAACGAUGAUAACGUACCACCUGCCAAGCAGUACAAAGAUGUCCCAAUCAGUCGUCUUGCAUCCCUCAACAAGCCAGAGAUUCCUGUUUUGCUACUAGGGAUUAUAGUUGCGGGAUUAAAUGGAGUAAUAUUUCCCGCUUUCGCUCUAAUGCUUUCCAGUGUAAUCAAGACAUUCUUUGAACCUCCAGCUCAGCUCAAAAAAGAUUCAAGUUUCUGGGCAUUGGUAUGUAUAGCCUUAGGCGCCGGAUCCUUAAUUUUAUCACCGGCGAAAACAUAUUUGUUUGCCGUGGCAGGAUGCAAGUUAAUAAACCGUAUACGCUCCCUGUGCUUUGAAAAGGCUGUUCAUAUGGAUAUUGAUUGGUUUGAUGAGCCAGAACACUCUAGUGGUGCUAUUGGUGCCAGGCUUUCUGCAGAUGCAGCAAGUGUUCGCAGUCUUGUUGGAGAUUCACUUGCAAUGCUUGUUGAGAGCAUAGCAAUCGUUAUUGCUGGUCUGGGCAUUGCUUUCCAAGCGAACUGGAAGCUGUCCUUAAUUAUCCUUGUGUUGAUACCUUUAAUUGGACUGAAUGGAUGGGCUCAAAUGAAGUUCCUGAAAGGAUUUAGUUCAGACGCGAAGAAGAAGUAUGAAGAAGCAAGCCAAGUUGCUAAUGACGCAGUUGGGAGUAUAAGAACUGUAGCAUCAUUUGGUGCGGAAGAGAAGGUUAUGAAAUUGUACGAAAGCAAGUGCGAAGGACCAGAAAAGGCAGGUGUACGUAAAGGGAUCGUUAGUGGAAUAGGUUUCGGGAUUACGAAUUUCUUGAUGUUUUCUGUCUAUGCGCUUAGUUUUUACAUUGGAGGAAGACUAGUUCAGGCAGGCCAAGCAACAUUCGCACAGGUUUUCCGGGUUUUCUUCGCUCUGAUAUUUACUGCAGUUGGUGUGUCUGGUUCAAGCUCCACGGUAGCAGACACUGGCAAAGCCAAGAUUUCAGCUGCAUCCGUAUUUGCAAUUCUUGACCAUGAAACUAAUGUAGACUUAAGCAAUGACUCCGGAACCACAUUAGAAGAUGUAAGAGGUAAAAUCGAGUUCCGACAUGUUAGUUUUAAGUACCCAACAAGGCCAGAUGUUCAAAUAUUCCGGGACUUUUGCUUGUCCAUUCAAUCUGGAAAGACGGUAGCUCUGGUUGGAGAGAGUGGAAGCGGUAAAUCAACUGUAAUAUCAUUGUUGCAACGAUUUUACAAUCCUGAUUCAGGACAUAUUACAUUGGACGGGGUCGAAAUUGAGAAGUUUCGGGUCAGAUGGCUGAGGCGACAAAUGGGUUUGGUAAGUCAAGAACCCAUUUUAUUCAACGAAACAAUUCGCGCCAAUAUUGCUUAUGGAAAGGAAGGUAAAGCGACAGAGAUGGAAAUUAUAGCAGCAGCAGAGCAGGCAAAUGCUCACAAUUUUAUUAGUGGCCUACAACAGGGGUAUGAUACAAUGGUAGGCGAACGAGGAGUACAAUUGUCAGGUGGGCAAAAGCAACGAGUGGCGAUAGCACGUGCCAUUGUCAAAGCACCAAAGAUUUUGCUAUUAGACGAGGCGACAAGUGCACUUGAUGCAGAAUCGGAACACUUAGUUCAAGAUGCAUUAGACCGAAUCAUGGUGAACAGGACGACGGUUGUGGUUGCACACAGGUUAACCACAAUUAAGAAUGCUGAUGUUAUAGCGGUUGUCAGAAAUGGGGUUAUCGCCGAGAAAGGAGAUCAUGACACAUUAAUGAAAAUUAAGAAUGGAGCAUAUGCAUCUCUUGUAGCACUUCACAUGAGUGCUUCGUAAUAUUGAACUUCUUACAGCAAUAAUUUAUUUCGUAAAGUUAUUUUUAUUAUUAUAUCUGUUUGUCUGUUCUUUCAUUAUUCUUCCGAUUAAGUCAUUGUGUAGUUUGGAUAUGUAAAUUAUGGCUUUGUACUGUUAUAAUUGAUGAUAAUAUGUACUGAUCAAUUGACGCGGAUCGUUAUCUCAA